AUGGCAACAACACGUCCUUUCCAGAACAAUGCGACCAGUGCAUCCCAACUCCCAUCAUAUCUCAUAUCUGAAGGACAAUGUGCCACAGAUUCCAAUAGGGAGGGAAAACAGAUCCUUUGGCCCCUGAGGGGUAAGGUGUGUGUGCUCAAAAGCGAACCCAAUCGCCUUGAUGAGGAACAGCAGAACCGAUCCAACAAGCAGACAAGAGCAUUCAUCGGUCUGGGUCUCACUCUAAAAUUUGCGGAUGGAAUUGAGUCCAAGCACAAGGGUAUGUUGGAGACCGUGGAUAUGUUGAAGAAAGGAAAGGGAGAAGUCCUGUGCGGAAGGAAUUUUGUGGCUGCGCGAGAAUUGAUUAUGUAA